GCCAACAAUCACAACAUUCCUACAAGCAAUACUUGCUAAGAGAAAACCGAUCAGAAGAACACAUUUUAAGCUUUCCAAGUCACUUAAGAAAAUGUCUGCUAGGAAAGAUGAAGAAUCUGCUACUUUGCAAACCGAUGAGGAACUCAAGCGCCAAAAGAGAAUCAAGUUGUUUACCUAUAUCGGCAUCUUCAUAGUUUUUCAGAUCAUAGUGAUGACCGUUUUUGGUCUCACUGUGAUGAAAGUCAAGACCCCGAAGGUGAGAUUGGGCGAUAUCAGCAUCACAAACUUGAGCACAGCAACUGCAACGCCUUCUUUUGACGCGACAUUCAACACCCAAAUUAGGGUCAAGAACACCAACUGGGGUCCUUACAAAUUUGAUGCAGGCACCAUAACAUUCAUGUACCAAGGUGUGCAGGUCGGAACAGUGACAGUACCUAAGGGCAAAGCUGGUAUGCGUUCCACCAAGAAGAUCAAUGUGGAGGUGAGUUUGAACUCGGAUGCAUUGAGUGGCAGUUCUACUCUUGGAAGUGAAGUGAGCAGCGGAGUGGUGACGCUGACUAGCCAAGCCAAAUUGACUGGGAAGGUGGAAUUGAUGCUUAUAAUGAAGAAAAAGAAGUCUGCCACAAUGGACUGUGCCAUGGCAAUUGAUCUGUCCACAAAAACUGUCCAAAGUUUACAGUGCAAGUGACAGUGAGAUAGCUAGCUUGUUCUUGAUUCGUUAUUUUUUCAUUCAUGAUUUUAUUUUGUGAUGUCUUGAUUUUGAUGUAAUGAUUUUUGCAUAUAAUCAUAUUUUUUGUUAGUAUAA